AUGGUAUUAGACGCCGAAGUCAUGGGACAUCGCGUUCGCAUACUUGUGGACAGUGGCGCGAUGGGCAACUAUAUCUCACCCAGAGUUGUGAAUCGUUACCAACUACCGUGGAAACACAAAGAGGCACCAUACGAGUUAACUGAUAUCGAAGGAAAACUUUUUGCCUAUAAUGACGGAAUCAUUAACCAAGAGACUGAUCAUCUCGAAGUACAGAUUCAAAGUCAUUCAGAAGUGAUUCAACUCGAUGUUAUGGACGUAUCGGAACACGACCUAGUGUUAGGGUACCCAUGGUUAUGGGAGAGUAACCCACUGAUCAACUGGAGGACAGGCCAACUGAAGUGGAACGAGACUUCAGGCCAACAGAAUCAGCAGAAUUCGGAAGAAAGAACGAAAUUUCGUCAUAACUUAGCUCAUGAACAGAGUUCUGAAGAAAAAGAACCUUCAAGCAAGUUAUCCAAGGACCAACGACAACAAACAAGCGGCAGAAAAGCAGUCAAAACAAUUGGAUCCACCGUAACGACCUCGACGGCGCUACAAACCGGGAUACGAACAACAAUAAGCAACAAGAAGACAAAAGCCAAGAUCCGAAAGGUUAUUGCCACCUUAAGGAAAGACCUCGCGAACACAAACAAGAAACUCGAAGGAGAAAAGAGGAACGAGAACGAUAAAGACGACAAAAGCCCAAUAACGAAAGAAGAAAGACUCAAGAAUAUCCCUAAGGAAUACCGGAAAUACGAAAAAUUAUUCGCAGAAGAAUUAGAAACCGGAUUACCAGAACACAGCCAAUGGGAUCAUCAGAUUGAAUUGAUAGACGGAAAGUCGACAACAUUCCAUAAGAUUUACAACUUAAACGCAAGAGAACUCGAAACACUACGGGAGUACAUCGACGAGAUGUUAGCGAAAGGCUACAUCAGAGCAUCCACAUCAGAAGCUGGAUACCCAGUUAUGUUUGUUCCAAAGAAAAACGGGAAACUGCGGUUAGUAGUGGACUAUCGGCGAUUGAACGCGAUUACCAUGAAGGAUCGAACACCGUUGCCACUAAUAUCGGAACUACGGGACCGAUUGCACGGAAUGAAUUGGUUCACCGCUUUGGACCUGAAGGGAGCAUACAAUUUGAUUCGAAUAAAGAAAGGCCAUGAAUGGAAGACAGCCUUUAGAACGAAGUUCGGACUAUUCGAAUACCUGGUAAUGCCAUUCGGGCUUACCAACGCACCAGCGACAUUCCAACGAAUGAUCAACAGCGUACUACGAAAAUAUUUGGACAAUUUUGUGGUAGUGUAUCUGGACGAUAUACUGAUCUUCUCAAAAACCCUGGAAGACCACAAAAGACAUGUACACAAGGUACUACAAGCGCUACAAGACGCGAAGUUACUAGUGGAACCAGCAAAAAGCAAAUUCCAUACCCAGGAAGUAGACUUCCUAGGACACACGAUACGACCAAACGAGAUACGAAUGGAAAAGACAAAGAUUGAGGCAGUAAGGAACUGGCCAACACCGAAGAAUGUCAAGGACAUACAAAGCUUUAGAGGCUUUGCGAACUAUUACAGGAGAUUCAUCAAGAGCUACGGCGAAAUCGCAGCACCCUUGGAUGAACUCACCAAGAAGGAUAAGCAGUGGAAUUGGAACGAUGAGGCGCAAUGUGCCUUUGACAAGAUCAAAGAACUCAUCACAUCCGAACCUGUUUUGAGAACCUUCGACCCAGAAAAAGAAACGGAACUAGAAACCGACUCAUCAGACUUUGCUCUAGGAGCACAAGUUGGACAAAGAGACGAUGACGGAAAACUACACCCUAUUGCGUUCUACUCGAAGAAACUUCAUGGAGCAGAACUCAACUACCCCAUCUACGACAAAGAAUUCCUAGCAAUCAUCAAUGCUUUCAAGGAAUUUAGACACUAUCUCAUGGGAAGCAAACACAAAGUUAAGGUGUAUACCGAUCAUAAGAACAUCUCUCAUUUUGCGACGACGCAACAAUUGAAUGGACGACAAAUUCGAUGGGCCGAAUAUCUUUCAGAAUUCGACUACGAAAUCAUCCAUCGAAAAGGAUCCGAGAACGGACGAGCAGACGCUCUAAGUCGAAGAAGCGACUACGAUACAGGAGUACCUACAGCAACAGGACCACUCCUUGAGAUCAAUAAAAAUGGCAAUUUCCAGCAGAAACAACUGAAUGCCAUAUUGAAAGUACAGAAAGAAGACCCAGUAUACGGCAAAAUACACCAAUGGGCAACAGACAAUAUACAACACAUUGGGGACGUACCGACGGGAUGCACAUGCCACCCAGGAGGAGUACCAAUGUAUGGAGAGAAAAUCUGGAUACCACCAGAAUUACAAGAAGAAUGCAUCAAAGAAAUGCAUGAACAUCCAGUCUACGGACAUCAAGGAAUCCGCAAGACACUGGAUAAGAUACGACGACAAUACGAUUUCUCAGGAAUCAAGAAAAUGGUCGAAAAGGUUGUCAACGAAUGCAUACAAUGCGGAAAAAUACCAACACGACCAUGGGAAUCGAUAGCUUUCGAUCAUAUUACGAAGCUACCAAUGUCAAAAGAACCAAUGACCAACGUGGAAUAUGACAGCAUAUUCGUGGUCACGGAUAGACUCACAAAAUACGGAUACUUUUUACCGUACAGAGAAGCAAGCAAUGCAGAAGAACUUGCAUAUGUGUUCUUACGAACAAUAGCAAGUAACCAUGGACUGCCAGAAGAAAUCAUAUCGGACAGAGGAAGUACAUUUACUUCUAAGUUUUGGCAAGCACUUAUGGCACAACUUGGAACGAAUCACAAGUUAAGCACCGCAUACCAUCCACAGACAGAUGGACAGACGGAAAGAUUGAACCAGACGCUUGAACAGUAUCUACGAUGUUACAUCAAUCAUCAACAGGACGAUUGGGUUAAAUGGUUACCUACAGCGCAAUUGGCUUACAAUAGCUCGAUAUCAGAAUCGACAAAGCAAACACCAGCCUACGCCAAUUACGGAUUUAAUCCCGAAGUAUUUCGAACACAGCGCGAAGGACCGCAAGCAGAACGAGCGAUGCUGCAAGCAGAUGAACUGAAGAGAUUGCACGAAGAAAUGCGACACGAAUUGGAAUUCUACACAUUUCACUUCUUGAGAAAGCACCAAACAAUGCACCAGCAGAAGAAGACAUCGAAGUCAUGA